GCAGUUCAGUAAAGUGCAGCUUGGUGUGACGGAGACUCUGAAAAACUAAUUCUUUCCGCAAUGCAAUCGACUUUCAUGUGGCUGGUAGCCUUCAUGGCAAUUGGGAUCUGUUUGGCCUUUCCCGCUGGUGAGGAUGCCCAGGCGGAGACCAUCAAACUGGAGAGCGAGAACACGGGCGAUAAAUAUUCCUUUGCGUAGCUAUGAGACGAGCAACGGAAUCUCACGCACUGAGACCGGUGAGGUGAAACCUGGAGCCGGCGAAGAGGAUGGGUCCUUGUCUGUGCAGGGAUCGACCAGCUGGUCAGCUCCAGAUGGCAAAAAAUACGAGAUUAGUUUCACGGCCGACGAGACUGGCUACCAUCCCAAGUUCAGGCUGGUAGCCUAGGAGAUACCUGGAUGUAUAAUGAUUCCGGAUUCUAAUAAUUAAGUUGAUUUUAUCCAAUGUAAAAGAUUCGUAGAAUUAGAAAAGUAUAUAGAAACAAAUUUAUAUAUUUGAGAAA